GUCGCUAGCUGAGGUGCUCUCUGUGUCCUGUGAGGUCCAGUGUUGGGUUCGGUGCGCGCUACGAGGUACGGGGUACGGGGUACGGGGUACGAGGUACCGCUCUCCCAAAUGUCUAGUCAGGACAUGGAUUCGAGUCCCGUCGAGGAGUUGAGGCCGGCUAUCUCCCAUGACAGGCUAGGUGGCAGUGACGGUGCUGUCAACCAAUUAUCUCAAAGCAGAUCUAAUACGCCUCAGAAGACAAUAUCAGUUUUAGAUGUUCCAGAAAAAGACGCUGAGAUUGGAAAAUGUGAUAAUAGAAGAUGCGGCUGGCUGGAGCGAGGCCUCCGAGGCCAAUGCGGACUCUCCCACAGCUGGUCCCUCACGAUGCUCGGCCUCCUCCUCAUCCUGCUCCUGGUCUGGGCCAUCCUCUACGCACUCCUCCGGGUCGAAGUGGCUCCCGGGGGCGACCUCUUCAAGCUGAUCGUCCUCAUCCUGGUGGCCUACGUUUCGGGCGGUGUGGUGGCCAGGUUGCGGCUGCCCCCGCUGCUGGGCAUGCUCAUCGCCGGUAUUGUGCUCAGGACCUGCGGCUUCUUCAAGGUCCAAGGGGUCUACCUCGACAUCAUCAUCAAGUUAAGAGAGACAGCCCUGACAGUGAUCCUGAUCAAGGCCGGCCUAGGCCUGGAUGCACCCGCCCUACUCAAGUUGAGCCUCGUCGUCUUGCGGCUUGCUUUCCUGCCCUGCAUAGGAGAGGCAGUCGCUGCGGCCUUCGUCUCCUACUACCUGCUCGACUAUCCCUGGCUAUGGGGUCUGCUCCUAGGGUUCAUGUUGAGCGCUGUGUCGCCCGCCGUUGUGGUACCAGUCCUCCUCUCCUUGCAAGAACGGGGCUACGGCGAGUCCAAGGGCAUUUCCACCCUGGUGAUAGCGGCCUCCAGUCUGGAUGACAUCGUCGCCAUAUCGGUCUUCGGGGUGUUCCUGGGGAUGAUAUUUUCUACGGGUGACUUAACGCAGCAAAUACUACAAGGGCCAAUAGAGAUGCUGAUUGGGCUUGCCUUUGGUGUGUUUUGGGGACUUGUAGCAUCUUUUAUUCCUCAUAGAAGUGAUAAUUACGUGACAGCUAAGAGGUCAGUGAUGAUUGGUGCCGGAGGUUUGUGCGCAGUUCUUGGCUCGGAACUUAUUCACUACAGCGGUGCUGGACCACUCGCUUGCAUAGUAGCGUCUUUCAUCGCCUGCCUGUCCUGGAAACUGCAAGGCUGGUCUUCUUCGCAUAACCCAGUGGCAGAUGUUUUCUCAGUUGUUUGGCAAAUCCUUCAACCAAUGCUGUUUGGCCUGAUCGGCGCAGAGAUAGAUCUAACAAUACUAGAACUACACACGGUGGCUCUUGGACUCCUGGUGAUCAUUGGUGCGUUGGUAUUCAGGGUCAUAGUUUGCUGUACGGUUCUUCUCGGAAGUAAACUCAAUUGGAAAGAAAUUUUAUUUGUCAAUUUGGCGUGGCUACCAAAAGCCACUGUUCAGGCUGCCCUCGGUCCGGAAGCAUUGGAUCAGGUCAGAACACAAGAAAACCCAGACCCAUUGGACAUGAAGAGAGGAGCUCAGAUGCUUACGAUUGCAGUCUUAUCAAUUUUGCUGACAGCUCCGAUUGGUUCCAUAGGCAUAUCAGUUACUGGACCUCUACUCUUAUCAAACGAACCAGUAAAAAAUAAAGAAAAGGCUGUUGCUGUAAAUGAAACUUCCAUGCAUAUGAGCGAAGGAACUGAACACGCAAAUGCAAAAGAAUCUGGAGUCGGCACUAGUGUCUAAUGAAGAUAAUAAUAAAUAAAAUACUAAUAAUUACUUAACUUUGUCAAAGGAAUUCCAAUACCAUGAUCUCUUCAAACGAAAACUUGAUAGUGAUUGAAAAUAGACUCUGAACACUCAGUUUGGGGAUCAUUCAAUUCAUAUAUAAUAAAAUGUUUUUAAAUGUAAAUAUUUAAAAACUAAUUUAAUCAUAGUGUGUAUUUCCAAUGCAGUACCUCAACGUAAUGUAAUAAAGCCUAUGUUUAUGUAAAUUAAAAUUCUUGCUCGUUAGGUUGUUGUAUAGAAUUUUUUAUGCCCAUUGUUUCAGAUGUUUUUAUUAGAUUUCAUUCAUAUUAUUAGUUUAUAUUUGUUAAAUAUUUAAACAACACUUUUAUAAUGUUAUUUUCAACAUUGAAAAAAUAAUUAUUGAUUAGAACUUACGUUUAUUACAGUUAUAUAAUGUGUAACAUUCCUUUUAGGUGCUCAAAUUAUUGUUAUUUAUUUAACAUGCAUCGGAUAUAUUUUUCUAUAUAUUGUCUUUUUUCAGAUUUUAUUGUGAAUUGUUAUGUUUUGAAUAUCCAAUUUUUUAGCAUUGUUAUCAGUUCUGGUGUAAAUAGUAUAACAGCUAGUGUUUUAUUUAUUUUAUUAUUUUUUUAUUGUUAAACAGAAUUAAAUAUAACUUAUAUAGCACAAGUUGUUAUAAGUUGAGAUUUAUAAUCAAUUAAGAUUGUUUAAUCAAUGGACUAAAGCAAACGGUGAUUUGAGUUUGCGUUCAUUUAGUUUAAUGAACAAUAAUUAUUUUUUAUAUAUAAUGAUGGGGGGUUAAUUUAGCUUAACAUUUCUAUGAUAAAAUUGAACAAAGUGUUUCACAGGCACAUUUAUUUUAAUUGUAACAAUUGCAAUUCUAUGAAAAUAAAGUUUAUACACAAUAAAAAGUAGUUUAUUCGUAGAUAGUAACAAGAUAAAAAGAGGAUAAUAUUGUCCCUUUCUUUUGUUAAAAUUAAUUUAUAGUAGUGUGUUAAAAAAAAAAAAAAAUUAAACAGUUAAUGAUUUGAUUGUUCUGUUAAACUUUUAUAAUUAAUUAGUAAUGAAUAAAAUAGAGGUCUAUGAUUGUAUAUAAAUAUUUUAUUGGGCAUUAAUCUUAAUUUACUGUUAGUUAAAUUUAAUAAACAUUGUUCUUUAAAGGCUUAUUUAAUAAUUAAAAAUUUACAAAAAUUAUCUUUUUCACAAAAUACUUUGAUGAAGUCUGGUUAAGAUUGUGAUUUUAUUAACAACAGACUGGUUAUAUUAUUAUAUUAAUAUUGAAAUUAAUAUUGGUUGUCAAAAGUGUAGAAAACAAGAAAUGUUAUUUAUAAUUGUAUGCUUUAGUUCAUAUGCACUCAUUUAUUAUUUUUAAAAAAUUUUCCAAAUAUUGAAAUUAAUUGUAUAAACUUCAGAUAAAGCAAGGUUGAUAUUUAAGAAAAGUUGGCAUUUAUUGUAGCAAUUAAUCUUAUACAUAUUUUUGUGAAAUAUUUUUUUUAAAAAUGACCACACACAAACAAAGUGUUCCAUUGCAUUUCCAAAUAUUAUUCUAUAUUCUAUUAAACAAAAUAUAUUUUCUUGAUGUAAGUUAGCUUACAUUAGAUUUUCAUAAUUUCAGUAUUACAUUAGCAGUUUGUUUAGAUAAAUGUUAGUUUCAGGCAGACAAGAAAUGUAAGAUAUUGUUUUAUUUUAAUAACUUUAAUAGUAUCGUAUAAUUAUAUCAUGCGCAAUUUUUAUAACUCUGAUAUCAUAAGGUAUUUUCGUAAUAUGUAUUAUACAAAUCGAUUAUUAGUUGAACAAAUAUACUAAAUCUUAUUAGCUUCAGUUAUAAUAAGUUAAGUUUAUUUUUCAUAAUUAUUUUUAUAAUUUGAAAAUAUUGAUAUUUUAAUCAUAUUGUAAUUCAAUAUGACAAUGGAUAAAUAGAAAUUAUGAGGUUAAUCAUACAUUAUCAUUAUGAUUAAUCUGACUCAAGAAAUUCAUUAUGUAUGAUUAAUGAUUAAUAAUAUAAAAUUGGUUAUUUUAAGGAAAUGUAAUAUUUUAAAAUUUGUAAGUAAACAAAACUGAUUACAUGUUUAUUAUUAGGUGCACACAGGUUUUAUUUUAUUUUGAACCUGAAUUAUAAAUAGGUUUUUGUAGUUAGUUACUUAGUUAUUUUAUGGUUCAUUUGACUUUCUCUUCCAAUUCUUAUUUAGAUUAAUAUUAUCAUUAAUUUUUUUAAUAUCUUGUUGUCGUAUGAUUGAUUUAGUUCAGGCAAGGGAAUAUUAUCAGAGAUUUAAUAAUAAAACUUAAUAAUUAAAGAAAAGUUAGUUUAGGAUCGAUCAAAGUCUUAAAAAAUUUAUUUCACUAAUAGCUUAAACAGAUAAUUUACAUUUUAAUUAUUGAUACAUUAUUUGUUAAACUAUUUAAUAAAUAAAUUUUAAAAAAACAUGAAGCGUAAACAAUAAAAUACUAUUUUAAUGUAUAGUAUUCAUUUGACCGCACCCCCUGACCAACUACUCAAAACAUUACCAUGACUUAUUCCCAACUUAUAUCCUCAAAUUUGUAAUUUUGGUCCACCAUAACUCUUACAAAGAGAAUAAAUAAUAUAAUUUAUUGUUGGAAUAUUUUUUAUAAUAAAAUUUAACUAACCAAUUAAUACACAGGCCUUCUUAAAUGAGCUUCUCAUACAGUUCUAUAGUUUGAAAAUUUCAAAUAUGUCCGUAGUCGUAAAUAAGACAAUUGUAAUAAAAUCGUUAGUCAAUUUUCAUGAUUCAAUUGUAUUUUUCACACGGUCAAAAUUUUUUUCAGCUGAAGCAAUAAAAUUUGUAAAAAUGAAUAUGAGAUGUUGGGAUGGGAAUGGAGUGAUUGAGAUGUAAAUGUAAUUUUUAUUUCCAACGAUUGUGCCAAAAUAAACAGCAAUAAAUAAUAUGCACAAGGAUUUGUGAUUAGUGUUUAUGUGUACAUAACGCACAUUGUAUAUUUCACUAUGAAAUGUUUUAAUUAUUAACUUAAAUCAAUAAUGUGAUACCACAGCAAUUGUAAGUAGUACUACGUUACUUUAAACUUCAUAUUAUAAAUAUGUAAUAUAGUUUUUAAGUUCAUAGUAGGGAUAUAAAUUGUUAUUUCAGUCUUACCUUAAACACAUUUUUUUGUCGUUUAUGUAAAUAAUAUAUAAAGAUUUUUUUUUUAAUUGAAACAAAUUAUGAAUGCUAUACAAGAUUAGAUUAGAAGGUAGAACUGAUGACAGUCAUUUUCUGUGAUGUAUUUAUUUAACUCCUUGCUACAAGUAUGAAUCGAUUGUUUUUUACAAAAUAAUUUAUGAUAUUCACAACAUUUUUAACCACCAAUUAAAUAUUUUAUAUUGUCACGCUGACAUAUAUUAUGUGAUAUAUCUUGAAAUAUACAAUUAUAAAACUAAACAUGGAAAGAAUUCACUUAUAAGUAUUGAAAAGUAUAAAUAAGGCUUUCCUUAUCCAAUAUUGUUGUACCAGAUAUAUUGACAAAUAAUAUAAAUCUUUAGGAUGAUUUCUUCAAAAUUUCUUUAAGAAAAUUCAUUGAAGAAAUUUUGAUUGAAAUUCCUGACAAUUUGGUUUCAUCUUUAUAAUUCAGCUGUCGAUUACUCACCCAUCUAUAAAUCUUUCAUUGAUCAGAAAGAAAAAAAAUGAUCAAAAUAUAAAAAAAAAUUAUUUAUUUGAAAAGUUUUGAACAUUGUUUUAUUUUAUGCUUAUUUGAAUAUUUUCAAAUUUAAUCUAAAAAAAAAAAUUUAAAAAACUUAAUUUUGUCAUAAAAAAUUGAUUUAUUUAUCCAUAUUGUUAAUUUAACUUGAAAUUUUAAUGGUGUAGAAAUGGUUGACCGUGAUAUAAUAUGAGAAGGAGUUAAUCGGGGAUUGUGGACAAAUAAACUAAAUUUUUAAAAUAGUAUUUUAAUCCUUACGCUAACGUUUCGAUCCACUUCAUAGGUCUUCAUCAGAGAGUGGUAUAACUGCAGGUAGCAGUUGAUGAAUUGAAUAGAUUGCUGAUCAGUGAUUAGCUAAACAAUUAAAAUACUAUUUUAAAAAUUUACUAUUUAUUUCACCGCACCCCCUAACGAACUCUUUCUCUGAAUUUAUUAAUUUAUUAAUUUAUUUAUUAAUUCAAUUAAAUAUUAAAAUAUAUAAUUUCUCGAAAGUAUACAAAAAAAAAAUUUAUAUCUUCCUCCUAGGCUAAAAUAUUUUAUUAAUCAUGUUUUUCUUUGUUAUAUUCAAUGUUUUAGAAUUCUACCCCAUCUUCAGGAAUAUUUUAUUUCAUGAUGUUCCUAAAUAUUAUCUUUAGUCAUCCAUAUUUUUUUUAUUUUUCUUACAUUUCACUUUUAUUUUUUUAUAAAAAAAUAUAAAAGAAGUAAAAAGUUUUAAGAAAAAAUAUAAAAUAUGGAUAACAUAAGGACUAUAUUUAGAAACAUUAUAAAUUUUUUUUUCGUAUACUUUCAAGAAAUUAUAUAAAUUUCUUUCCAUGCGUUAAAUUAAGUAGCAAACAUGUCGAAUGAACGGCCGAUAAAAGAGUUUCUUUUUAAAAAAUAAUGCUGCUUUAAAAAUAAAAAACUGAAAAUCAUCACAUUUUUGAAAAUGACAAGUAUAAUUAGCUGGCAGGUAAUUUAGCUCACUUAAUAGUACUUAGAAGACAUUUUAUUAAACUUUAAUACUGAGGAGACUAUAUCAAUAUGUAUGAAAACAAAUUAAUAAUGUAUAAAUUAAAUAAAUAAUUUUGAAUGUAUAAUUAUAAAUGGUUACCUUAAUAAGAGCUAUAAUGUAGGCAAAAUCAUGUAGGAAGUGAACUUUUAAUAUUGAAAUGUUUUGUCAAUUAGAGUCUUAAAUGUUCAAAUUUCGUACAAGACAUUCUAAGAAUUGUAUUUAAUAGAACAAGAAAAAAAAAAUGUUUACUGUGAUCUGAAAAUUAUUAAUGGUCCAUAAAUCUUUAUAACAUUAGCAAAUCUAAUUCAAAAUUAGAAGUUUCUAACUGGUAUUGAAAGUUAGCCAUUUGUAUACUGUAGUUAAUAAGUAGUAAAUAUAUUACAUCCGAUUUCCUCUCUGAGGAUCAAACAAAAAAAACUUUCUCUUAGAGAUUACUUUAUUAAGAUGUUUAUAAUAUACAAUAACAAUAAUUGUUUAAGGAUUUCUCAAUAUAUUGAAUCCAUUUGUAGUUGUUGAAAAUAAAUAUUGUCUUCAUCAUU